AUGGAUCAUAGGUUUAUAAUAGUUGGCACGUCAGUGUUAGUUGCUUUUCUAGAGGCACCAUUUGUUAAAAUGACAAAUACUGUCUGUAAGUCGUACAACAAAUCGUGGGUUGCUGUUCACUAUUGUCGUCUGAAGGCCUAUUCCCGAAACAAAACCAGCCUGAAUAUAAAUGCCACAUUUAUAGAGCCAGCCAAUAAUAUAUCCCUUCAUAUGAAGAUGCUGAAGAAGGCCAGUGGCUAUAAGCCCUUCCUUUUUGAUUACACCUUCGAUGCCUGCGAAUUUAUGAGGAGGAGAAACCAGCCCUUUGCCAAGAUCAUUUGGAACUUGAUCAAGGAUGUGUCCACUGUGAACCACACCUGUCCUUAUGUGGGCUUACAAAUGGUAAGCGACUUUUAUCGUAUUGAAGUUCCUGUUGGUCUACCAACUGGAGAAUACUUACUUUUACUGGAUUGGAUUUUCGAUGCUAAGCCGCAGUUUGCUACAAAUGUUUAUUUCACAUUUGUAGAGGAUUUAUUCCCUAAAAACUCAAGUCACAGGAGGAGGCUGUCCAAGUUCGCCUUUAAAAACCACUGA